AUGAACCAGUUUUGUAUAUACGGGGAGAAUGGCACACUGGUCUGCAGGAGCAUCUUUUGUAACUGGACAUGCACUGCGUGGGUGAUAGAUAGUUCACGAUGUUCAUGGGUCGUUGUGACUGUGCAUGGUCGAUGCCAUACUGGGGCCACAAGGCCAGCGUGCUACCAGGACACCUGUGCGAAAUAUUGCAUGAUGGCCUGUCUGAACAAUGCUGAAGUAAUGCGCAAGGAGGCGCAUUUACGCCGUCUGCCACGCUGGUAUGCCGAAAUGAAGUACCUGCGGUGUGGAAUGGCCGGGUGCAGCCACAAUGGUAGCCGCGGAAAGGAAAUUGCCAAGGCAUCCAAGGAGAUGGCACCAGAUUUCUGA